CACAUCCAACCUUCCUUCCAGGACGCGGUGACGACGACGAUAAAGUCCAGGAGCUCGUCGUACCUCCUCCUGGUGGCGCUGAGCUGCCCGUCGUCCACAGGGGUUGGCGCCGACCACGCCCACAGAUUCGUCGCCUCUGCCUCUGGGUGGAUGUACGUGGAUGACGGGAUUACACCGAUGGACCAAUCACCACCGGCGGACCAACUGCAGAUGGUUGUUACCGAGAAUGUCCUGACCGUCACCCGCAUCCCACCAGCCUCGGGAAGAGAAGGCGUCUGUCGCAUCCGUAAAAUCUCCACUGACAUCGAUUCUGUCGCGAUCUUCGGCGCUCCUGUUAUCACGAAGGUUACUGUCAAUGGCGCCCCUGGCUACUUCGUCCAGGACCCGGACACUGGAAAGAUCACCGUCAAUAUGAUAUCCUUCGACUGGUGCUACGACCACUCUCUCGUUAUCGUCUGGACAUAGGAGACGAUAGGAGCCAUAGGCAGUCUGUCUCGACCACCUGAAAGCCUCGAUAACAGCAGCCAAGAUAAGCUAGGAAAUAGCAAGAGGGAAGAGGGAAUUACAAUAUAGAUGGGAUUUCAUUUCUAGAAUGCUUAGAAAGUGAUUAUGAACUGCUUGAUGAAUUGAGGCGGUGGGUUGAAUUUGUGAACUUGUCUGCAAGAAGCCUUCAGGAUUUCUAUUUUGGUGUAUUUAUGUGGUUAUAUAUAUAUAUAUUUGUAUAUAUAUAUAUACUGUGGGGGAGACAGAGGGACGAGGAUCUUAAUGAGCUCAACGAGCUUUUUCUGAUAAAGGAACGUCAAUUUUUUAACCACCUAAUGGUUGUUCCAUAAAACAAUUUUCAUUAAGCAUCAAUGUUCUUCCCCUGGCAGUUCCUAGAGAGAACUAGGCUUGUGAGGUAUGUCGGCCGCGUUCAACUCCUCAACAUGGGUAAAAAAAAUCUAAUAAUUGAUCCAUCAGUCUCCACAGACCUUCACUUUCCUCUCUUGGAAACAAUGGGUUUAAGUGUAUUUUUUCAGAGUCAUAAAAAAAUACUUACUUCUUUAGGCCGUUAAGUGUAUUGAUUACGCUCUUUCGUGUGUAUGAUUUUAUAGUGGUAUGUGUAUGUAGUGGUUUUUCUCGUGUUUCAAUGUACGGAGCAUACACACGUUUCUUCUUGUUUCAUUGUAUGGUUCAUAUACGGGUUCGUAAUAGUUUCUGUGAAUUGAUUAUACAAAGGUUUCUUCGAGUCGUCGUCGAGUUUCAAUGGUUUUGGUGUAAUGACUCUAUUAACUCAAUGGUUUUGGUGUAAUGGCUCUAUUAACUCAAUGGUUUUGGUGUAAUGACUCUAUUAACUCAAUGAUUUUGGUGUAAUGACUCUAUUAACUCAAUAGUUUUGGUGUAAUGACUCUAUUAGCUCAAUGAUUUUGGUGUAAUGACUCUAUUAGCUCAAUGAUUUUGGUGUAAUGACUCUAUUAACUCAAUGAUUUUGGUGUAAUGACUCUAUUAACUCAAUGAUUUUGGUGUAAUGACUCUAUUAACGAGAUCGUUGAGGUUCACAUAUUUGUCAACAGUUACGAAUUAACUGAUUACAUUCUCAAAACAGAAUUACCUUUUGACUGUACCUCUCCUCGGCUAGGUAAGAUAUUUAACAUUCUUACAAUAAUCCUGAAACCAGUUUCCUACAUGUCGACUUGAUUUGCCCUUAAUUACUGUAUUAUGUAUUGUAUUAUGAUUUGAUCAAAGAUAAAUUUGUAUAUUUUGUAAUAAUGAACAAGAAAGGCUAAAUAAAAUUUAUGUAAGAA